AAACAACACAAUGUAUUCGUUCGAAAAGUAUAGACAGAUAACUUUAGAAAAUAAUAAUAUGAUAAUGCCUACUAUGCAGAAUGAUCAAUGUGAUCCGACUACAGCCACUACGUCUACUGCAUCAUCAGAUCAGCGUGAAAAUACUAGCCAGUCCGAUCAUCAAUUUCGACGACCGAAUGUUCCGCCUCCCUUGCGCUAUUAUCGUCAUCCGGCCAAAGCUUUAAAAUGCGAUCACAGUAAUGCGUUGACAACUAGCACAUACGUAGUUGGAGGUGUAGUUAAUGGAACAGGCAAUACAGGUGGUGUGGUCGUUGGCGACCAAGAUCUCGGCGGUGGAUACGUUUACGCGGACGAAGACAUUUGGGAUUGCGGUGAAUGUUGAAUGUUGAUUAAUCAUAGUAAUUUUGUAGUAUUUAUUAUUAUAUAAUUUGGUAUUGUUAAGUU